AUGUUUGAAUCCGAAGAGAAAUUAAACAAGAAAUCAGCUCCUAAAACUGUCCGUCUACUACUUGCUCAACUAAUCAAUAAUUUCAUUGAAUACACUUCCGAGUUAACCUACUUUGCGAUCAAUGCAUUUCAAACCUCUUCAUUAAAACGUGUACAAACAAUGACAUUGACACGUUUCGAUCAUUACUGUGUACCACGCGUGUGUGCACUUUAUUAUAGUCUAGAUCGAGAGUUUGAAGAAUUUGUUUUACGAAUGAAAAAGUUGUGUAAACGUACACAGAAUACAUUCUUGGACAUACGCUCAGCGAGAAUUCAUUAUCCACAAUCUGGUAUGUUUAACAUACCGGAUACACAUCGGUCGUUGAAUAUCUUCAAAUGUAACAUCGAACGGUUGAGAGAUUUGAAAAAAAUCCAUCAAGAUCUUGGACACAAUCUUCUGUUGCCGAAUGAUCAAUUGUUUCUAUCACUUGAUCUUUUAGUUACUAAUUUUCAAUUGAUUUUGUGUGAACUAGAUAAUCAAGUGCGUUUUAAAGAUGCAAUCAUUUUACAAACAUUUGUCAAUGAUAUAUUUCUUCAAUGUCGUGUGGUACUGACUUGGUUGUAUCCAGCAAUCAAAAUGGCUGCCUACCGUUUUGGUGAUCCGAAUAAACAGUUCGCAAUCAAACGUUGUGAUAAUGUGGAGAAAAAUACCAGGAAAAAUGCUCGAGAGGAAACAAUUCAGGAAGAAUCAUCUCAUCUGACACCACAGAAUGAAACUAGUGAAUCAAAUCAAUCAACUCACGAACUGAUCACAGACGAGAAUCCUAGCAUCAAUACAAAUAAUAUGACUCAAUCGAUUACUGAUAACAGCAGUUUAACGUUUAUCAAAAGAUCUUCUCCUACCAACUCCAAAACUGUCAACCUGAAUCAAUCUUGUUCUCCUGAAAAACAGGCACUAUUAAAUUCCUCACCAUUGUCGUCAUCGAUGCGGCGAACAUUACGAACACAUCAAUUACGUGUGUUGGACUUUAUUCAUUUGAUAUAA